AUGGGAGUAAUCCAGUCCAUUUUUUGUUCUGUCACAUUUUGCGUCGAAAGAGUAUUAACGUGGACAUGUUGCGCGUUCGUGCUGAUGCUGCUCAUGUUCACCAUCAUUGUGCUGAUGAUAUACGGCAUCUCGGUAGGGUACCACUACGCUCAGAAGGAACUCGCCUCGUUUUCGAUGUCGGCAAGAACGACAACGGAGGCGGCAUUGCUGAGAGCAGGGCCCGAGGCGCGCCCGGUGGUGAGACUCGUAGCCGUCAAUAAAACACAAGUCGAUCACGCGCCCAUGCCUGUUCUUGAAGUUUACCAGACCAAACAGCCAGGCCAGCAAAUAUACUUGGAGAACUCGGAAACACCUAUCGUUGUUCUGGAAACUGAAAGACCAGCAAACGAACCUGAACUAUCCCCACACGAAAAGGAACUGGCUCGCAGACUCAUCGGUCGGUUCAGACGAUCGCGAAACAACACCACCACCGCCAUUCCUUUCUUCAGACCUCUUAAAAACAGCACUUUUUGAACGAUACUUUGAUG